CAAGGGGUGACUAGAAAAAGCAAAGCAAAGAACUCUAGUAAAGCGAACACGCAUAAUAUAAGCGAAGAACCUCACACGAGACCUCGCUCAAAUGCAGUGGAACGACUAUCUCAUAGAGCCGCUUUUCCACAAUGUCAAAGCAAUGGGGCAAGCUCGUUCGACCGGGGUCUCGUGCUGUGCCUCGCCACAGCUGGAAGGCUGAACUCGAUUGGUAUAGGCAAAAUUUCCACGGAUUUCUACAUAUGAGUCUUUUGGGACCAAUACUUAUCAUUAAACUCACUGCACCAUAUGUCAUUGCCCGGCAAAACACCGUCAUUAUGGCUAUCGCCUGGGGUGUUAUAGGAGGCUUUAGCAUCACAAUUGGAUAUCAUCGACUCUGGGCUCACCGAUCCUUUUCAGCAUGCCUGGGGAUAAGAAUCGCGCUUGCUGUGGUUGGAGCUGCUCAGAACCAAUGGCCUAUUCUGUGGUGGGCGAAACACCACCGUGCCCAUCACAAAUACACAGACACGGACCAAGACCCUUACAAUGCGACAAGAGGUUUACUCUUCUCUCAUAUCGGCUGGCUACUUGGACUGAAUGAGAAUGCGUGGGGUCCGGUGGAUGUAUCAGACCUGCAAAAGGAUCCAGUUGUCGUUUGGCAAGAUCGAUUAUACUGGCCAAUUCUCAUCACGGUCGGCAUCCUUUUGCCUGGCACAAUAGCUCACUAUGGCUGGAAUGACUGGAAGGGUGGCAUUCUCUAUGCAGGCUUGACCAGAAUCAUCGUCACGCAACAUUCCACCUUUUUGAUCAACUCAGUGGCACAUGCCCCUUGGGCUGGGACUCAACCAUACUCGACCGGUACAACCGCACGGAAUAACCCAUUUCUCGCUAUUUUGACACUUGGAGAAGCAAACCACAACUUUCAUCACGCGUUUCCGGCCGAUUAUAGAAAUGGAGUAAGUUGGGACGAACCGGACUUUUCACGAUGGAUUAUCUGGCUAUGGGGGAAACUUGGGUGGGCAAAUGAUCUAAAGAUUGCUAGCCCAUUUGAGAUUGAACGAGCUCGCAGCAACCAGCUGAAGGACAGGACCCAGCGACAGAGAGACAGUCUACCUCGUAUGAGCUGGAAAGAGUUCAGGAAGCGAUCCGGUGAUGCGCAUACACUCAUUUGCAUUGACGGAGGGAUAUAUGACGUUGUGGACUUUAUGGACGCUCAUCCAGGUGGUCGUGACAUGAUUCGGCAGUCACUUGGGAAGGAUGCCACUGAUCUUUACCAUGGAACCCACCUUCACUCUUCUCAUGCGGAUACUAUAUUGAGGGCUCUGCAGGUCUUCACUCUAGAAGAUUCUCGUCGCUGAUCAAUCUGUUCUACACCGUUUUCAAAUAUCAUAUCAGAGAUGAAUCUAGAUGCACAAGGUGAUGGCAUUUCAUCUGAGGAAAAUAUACUUUGCAUUCUUGAAUCAAACAAAUUGCUUCAUGAGAGGACAUGAACAUUAAACGAUAGAAAAACGAAAUUUUACUACUUGUUCUGCGGUAUGUCACGGUUUCACAGCAUGUUUCAGGCUCAGUGCAGCCAUGGUGAGAGUGACCACGCCGUGAACAGUACCUGCCGUUGCAAUAUCGACAAGGCCAAGAUCCACCUCGAGGUUGCGUUUCAACCAUGCUCGAGCUUCCACAGCUACGAGCGAGUCUACCGUAAUUUCGGACAUAGCAGCCCAAUCGUCAUUUUUCACGGCGGCUGAAUAUGGCCCCAUCAACAGGGCCAUUUCCUUAGUAAGAAGAUCAACAGUGGGUGCAAGUUUCAAGAUCUCAGGAUUCUCCUCCACGGCCUGAAGAAAACCUUUGAUAGAGCUAUCAUUGGAAGAGAAUGGCUCAGGGCGUGUAGCUCUUGCCGACGGAUCUUGACGGUACCGGGCGUCUUUGCAUCGUAAAUCAUUGGAAGCCUGUGCCCAUAGGAGACCCAAC